GCCAUUGCGACCACCCGCCGCCCUUGUUUCUUUAUAGUUAGGGAACCCGUGAAGUCAGAGAAUGUCCAAGGCCUUUCAACUUCUUCUGUCUCUCAGCUGAAAUGGUGUUCAAACUUCAAACUAUUUCACUCACUCACUCACUGAUUAUGAGAAUCAGCUGGUUAGUAACCAACUCAGUCAGAAAUGGGGUGAGAACUGAGAAGAGAAUUGGCUCCUGGUUACACGCCCACAGCCAAACAUCAUCCAUCAUCUCCGAGAAAAUGUGGCUGCGAACCAACGGACUCUCCAAUCAGUCGGUCAGACUCAGUCGUAUCCAAUAUCCAAUGGAGGAGUGUAAUGUAAUGUUCAGAGACUCACUCUACUUCCCCUCCCUGUGCUCGGUCGGUGUUCAUGUAACAACCAGCCCACAACCCUUCUCAUUUACUUCAUUCUUAUUAUUAUUAUUUUUUCUGAAAAUGGCGCUGACUUCAAUCUCGCUGCUCCCUCUAAAAUCCAUCUCUUCCUUAUCCUCGGCCUCUUCUCUCCAUCUCCCUCUCCCUGACAGAACCCUCAAUUCCUUCCACGCCCCUGCAAAACCCUUGUUGUGUGUUACUUGUUGCAUCCACCAUAAAGAAGCAAAGAAGUGGAGAAGGGAGAUAUCAACAGCGUUGGCAGCUGCUGCAGCAUUGGUUGCCUUUUGCAGUUGCAACACACCUGCGUUGGCUGACCUCAAUAAAUUUGAAGCCGAUAUGCGAGGUGAAUUCGGCAUCGGAUCAGCAGCUCAGUUUGGAUCAGCAGAUCUCAAGAAAGCAGUUCAUGUGAAUGAAAAUUUCAGAAGAGCAAAUUUCACAUCAGCGGACAUGAGGGAGUCAGAUUUUAGUGGUUCAACAUUCAACGGUGCAUAUCUUGAGAAAGCUGUAGCCUAUAAAGCCAAUUUCUCUGGGGCUGACUUGAGUGACACUCUAAUGGACCGAAUGGUCCUGAAUGAAGCGAACCUGAGGAAUGCUGUGCUGGUGCGAUCGGUGCUGACACGGAGCGAUCUUGGAGGGGCCAUCAUUGAAGGUGCUGAUUUUAGCGAUGCAGUGAUCGACCUUCCUCAGAAACAGGCUCUGUGCAAGUACGCGAGCGGGACGAACCCAGUGACAGGAGUGAGCACCCGGAAAAGCUUGGGGUGUGGGAACAGCAAGAGGAAUGCAUACGGGUCCCCAUCAUCCCCUCUGCUCAGUGCUCCUCCUAAGAAACUCCUCGACAGGGAUGGUUACUGUGAUCCCGCCACCGGCCUCUGUGACUGACCAAGCACCAGCACCAGCACAACACUACUCUUCUCGUCUCUUCUCUAUCCACCAAAUUAAUUAUAGUGUGUGUAUAUGUAUGGAUGGGAUGUGCUAUUGUGCUUCUUUGUUUGUUUGUUGUAUGUAUAUAUAAUAUAAAUGCAUAGCAUAUGAAAAAUACAUGAUGUAUAUUCCACUACUGUUGAAUUGAAUUGAAUCAGGCUUGGAGUGUACUGCUCAA